UGAUUUCCUUUUUUGGUUCUAUAUAGUCUUACCCUCCGUGCACUCCCCUCAUCUUUGACUGUAUUCUCCUUAUCUCUCCCUUCCAUAAACACACACACUUUCAGCUCCCUAUCUUCUUCAUUUAAAUCCUAUUGCUUUUCUGGGUUUCUAAGGAUAAGCAAUUUCAUUGUUCAGCUUAGAAUUGGUGAAACACAAGAAAGAACAAACAACAACCGUGGCGAAUAGAGCAAAGUAAAGAACAGCAUGCUGUGGUGUAGUUUAUCUGUUGACGUCUAUCGGAAAGUCAUCUCCUUGAACUUGUAUUGCCGUGUCAUUCUGUAAAAUACCCUUUUUCAGAAAUCACUUCUUUGUUAUAGAUUACUGUUUCUUUUGUUCACCUUGAAAAAUCAAGUCUUCAUAGUAAUAUCUUCCAUGGGAUCUACACGUUUCAUUGUCGUACCCUGUUACGUUCUCAGCAUUAGCUGAGAAUUUAGUCACUUUCAUCUUUAUAUUGGUGGGAAUUGUCUUCUUUAGCAUUCACUCUUACUAUUACUUUGAUCUUUAGCAUUCAGUCUUUGAUUUUCUGAGGAGUGAUUUUUGACGGUCUGCGUAUUUGAGCGUAUCUUCAAUCAUUUUCUAGAGGGGAUUGUUCGGAAUCCUUUUGUUUCUUGAUUGUUCUGUUGGAAGAUUGAGGUGUUUGUAUUGAGUGAAAAGGGUUGGGAACAAGUAGUUAUGGUGUGUCAAGCAGCUGGCCAGACGAGAUUUCGAGCAUUGAAACAUGAAAAUGGAAUUGCUGGGUCUGCCACCAUAAUAGUUAGAGUCAUAGCAUGCUUUCAACCACUCCAAGAUUGCCAGGCUGAAUACUUCCGUCAUUUGCUUAAACCCGUCACGUAGAUUGACCUUUCUUUUUACCGCGUUCAAGUUAAGCUGGAGUUUUUAGUUUUUUUCGUUGUUUAUCAAGAGUGCAAGAAAUAAACAGCAAUUCGUAGUUUCACAGUUGUUUAGAACUGGUGAUUGUUGAGGUUGAAUGGAAAAGGACUUUGGAUCUUUGUUCCAUCACCAGUAUUCAGAUCUGCAGUUAGCCCAUUUGAAUUUUUCUUAUCCUCGAUUUGAUAUAGGGCAGCAGAAUUCUUUUCCUAUUUACAUGACUCCUCAGUCAAAUGAGGUUCCUAUGAAUGGGAAUUCUCCCCUUUUCACAUUUUCUGGGCUUCUACAGUCAAAGGCAAGCCAGCCAACUGAACCUCACAAUUGGUUAUAUUGUUCGCCUCAGUUCUAUCAGGGUUUUGCUCCUGUUUCGACCGCUUUACUCGAAGAGAAGCUUGCUCCUCAAGCACUCGAAAAUCCUAAUGCAGGCGCCUCAUCUGCUCAGAAGAGAUUCCUUGUUUUUGAUCAAUCUGGUGAUCAAACAACUUUGAUCUAUAGUUCUGCUAAUGCUACUCCUGUACAAUGCCCGGCUUCUUUGAAUCCAACACCACCUGCCCUUUCUAAUUUGGUUAAGGAGGAUCCAGAGAUUAAAAAGAAUGAAGCUUCUCCAUUUGGGCAUUUUUUUGGUGAUGAAUAUUAUGAAGAAAGUAACAGAGAUGACGUCGAAAGUGAAAUGCGUGAGGAUACUGAAGAACUGGACGCCCUACUCUAUUCAGAUGAUGAUUAUUAUUAUUCCGAGGAUGAUGAAGAAAGAAGCACUGGUCACUCGCCUAGUACUAUGACAACUCAUGAUUUACCAGAGUGGGUUGACAAAAGGGGUGAAGAAUUAGCUAGUUCUGCGAAGCCAACCAAAAGGCAUAAACUGUUAGAUGGUAGCUAUGAUGCACCGUCGCUUAGGGAUACUGCAACCUCUGCAAAAGCCUAUGCGUGCUCCGACUUAGAGGAUGAUGCACAAUCCAGUUGCGGCAAUGGCUUUGACCAAGUUUCAGGAGCACCGUGUUCUCCAUCUGGGAGAAAGAGGCUGAGAAAAGAUAAAAUUCGUGAGACUAUAAGUAUUUUGCAGGAAAUAAUCCCUGGAGGGAAGGGAAAAGACUCGAUGGUUGUUAUAGAUGAAGCAAUCCGUUACUUGAGAUCCCUGAAGGUGAAAGCCAAGUCUCUAGGACUUGAUUCUCUUUGAGCUUCAGCUUGCCCCUGGUCAUAAUUUUACGAGUUAUUAAUGGUAUUUCUUAUAGGUUCCUUGUGAGGUAGCGGUGUGAAGUACGUAUUAAAUGUUUCAGAUGAAUAAAGCAGAAUUAAAGCUUAGAUGGUAUGGCAAAGUUGGGUUGGCGGAAUAUGGCAUAAACAAAGUAAACCAGGUUGGAGAAUUCCCUUAAGAGUCUUUAUUCCAUCAUUCUGUUGGAACCAUUGGCUGUGGUUUUGAAAAUCACCGGUCGUGUCUUAUUCAUGUCUUCUUUAAAGAUAAGGGAGGGAACUUCUUGUCAUGCUUCCAUAAAGGGUGGUAAAUCAUGAGUUCAUAUCUUGACCCUAAAGAGAAGUUGAUUCUGCCCUUUGGGAAUGUGUUUUUGCCCACAUAAUUGUUCGUGUCUGUGUGAACGAUACGACAACUUGUUUACCUCAGUAGGACCCUGGAAAAGUUCCAGUGCACGCUUGGUGGCGAAUUUGGGUCCCAAAUCCUCACUUUCAUUGCUCUUUUUUCCUUAAUGCUAUCACAUUAAUCCCUCUUGGGCGUUUCCCUUCCUUAUCUAAAGGCGGUCAUUCGCUUCGCGAUGCAUCUCUCUUUUGGUUACAUCAGGUAUAAUUAUGUUCUCCUGAGGUGAAAUGAAUCUCGACCCUUUGUGUAACAAACUGCUGCUACUAUUUGACACAUGACUAAGUUUGAGCUAUAUGGGAAUCUUGGUGUGUGAAAUUCUUAGUACUAUAUAUGUGGUUGUGUAAUACUAGUAUCAUGUGUGAUGUUUGUAUGGAUUGGAGAAUAUUAACUAUGUUUGGUCGCAGUGUUGUCUUUAUGCUUGUGUUUUUACGUAGCAUGCACGCAUUUUUAGCUCAAAGUGUGAGAGACAGUGAUGUAUUUUUCUUGAUUCCUUUGUAAAUGGAUUGCAAUGGUGAUAGAGUGGGACCACAUGUUUGCAUUAUUUGGGUGAUGAAAUUUCGACACUUGCAAAUGCAUGCGAGGGUCCCUCAUUCGUUGUCCA